AUGUGAAGCUCCAUCGGUGGAUCGACGGCCGCAGCCUUUCUUCCCCCUGAAUGCCUGAUAUUAUGCAGGGAGCAGGGGCAGCUGGAUGGAUUAAAGGGGAACAAAGCACCGGUUUAGAAAACGUUUUGCAAACUGGCAGUAUCAGCCAACUAUGGUCGACCCCUCGGAGGCUGAGGAGCAGAACAAGUGUAAAGGCCCGCAGCUCGACACGCCAGCCGUGGCCACUGAAGACCCUCGACUACCAGAGCAGGCCGACGGCACGACAACGGAGGACGAUGGGGACGCCGGGUUUGAGACGCCGCCCACUGGCAGCUCUGAGCCGAGCCCCUGCCACUCUGCGUCCACGGCGGCGCCAGACGUUGCCUCUCAGGAGGCCCCACCUGAGCAACCACAGACUCAAACUGACAGAGAACCGUCACCCAAGCUCCACCUUGACCUCUUCAACUUUGACACACCAGCCGCAGAGGGCAGCCGCUACGUGUUAACAAGCCCCCACUCUCUGGAGGCGUGUGCUCGAUGCGGGGUCAAACCUGUGGAGCUCCUGCCCCGCCCGCUGGCCGACUUCGCCCGCGAGGCUCCCGGCCGCUCCAUGCGUGUUGCGACUGGGCUGUUUGAAGUCUACGAGCGGGACAGGCACGCCAAGCUGAGGCAGUGCAGAGAGGAGAGGGAGAGGAUUAUCAGAGAGGAGAAAAGAAGGAUUCUGCAGGCGGCGGUCAAUAGCGGCAGCACUGCGUCACCCUCCGCUGUGGAGCAGCAGCACAAAGCCUCCUCUGGCUCGACUAAAUCUGUGUCGGUGACCUCCAGCUUGGCCCCUGACUCUGCUGCGUCCUCUAGAGCGUCAGGUCCAGCUACUAAAACAGGCCUUUUACCGAAAACUCCCUCCACCAGUCUUAGUACCACCUCCCCCAAGUCUGCAAAAACUGGUUCUGUACCCUGUACAACAUCCCCCAAGGGUGGUUACCAAGGAUUUGUCAAGCAACCCUCCUCAUCUGACCAAGUAAAAACCACGCGUCCGCUCUCAUCUGGACCCCCACCAGUAGUCAGGAAGUCCUCAGGCGGUAAAUCUUCAAACACUUUCCCCAGAUCAACACCAAAACCGCCGUCCUUUCCCAGAGCCAACUCCACACUCGCAUCAUCAGUGACAAAGCCUGUGGUUCAGACCUCUGGGAUGCCUCAGAACGGCGUGAAAGGAGGGCCGUUCUCUCAGCACAAUGGACAUCUGGGGUUUCAGUCCAAAGUGCGAGGAAAAAGCCAUUCGCUUGAGUCUUUGCAACGGCGGAUGGAUCCCGUCUGCUGUUCCACCUCCACCACAACUACUACCACAUGCACCUCAUCGGAGUCAGGUGCUUCCUCUUCGUACAGCUGGGACGGGGCGCGAGAGCACUGGGCCAAAGUCUCCAGUCCGCGAGCUCGCGCGAUGGCAACCUUCAACUCUCUGAUGGGCCGCAGCCUGAGCCUCGGGGACCUGAGCCACUCUGUUCAGACGACGCAGAAGGUGGAGCGCAUAGUGAAGGAGGUGAGGCGUCGAGGCCUGAAGGCCGUGUCUGAGCGCGACCGCAAGAUCGCAGCGCUGAUGCUGGCCAGAUACCAGGAGGAAGACAUCAUGAGCCAGACUCGCUACGUGGCUCACCUUCAGUGGGACAGUGAGCGCAGGAUGGAGGAGCUACGACGGGAGCAGGAGGACCGAGAGAAGCAGCGUGCCGUGCUUCAGUGCCAGCGGGUGUGGCAGACACAGGUGUCGAUACGCCAGCGAAGACUCAGCCAGCAGGAGCGACAAUCAGCAGCCGCAAAGAUGCGACAGGCCGAGGAGAACGAGGAGCGAUGGAGGGAGCUCGCAGAGCAGCAGGAGAGGAGCCGUCUGCUGAGGUUACAGCAGGCGGCGAGAGAGGAGAAGCAUAAGAAAGCUCUUCAGGAGCAGAACCUGAAGGCGCUGGAGGAGGAGAGGGCGGCCAUGCUGGAGCAGGAGAGGCUGCUGCUGAAAGAGAAGCUCACCAUGGCUGAGCUAAAGAGGCAGGAGAAGGAGCACCAGGCCCAGGAGGACAGACGAGGUCUGAACAAAGCAGAGAGGAGGCGCCACGCGGCACUGAUACAAGAGAUCGCCCGAAGAGAGCAGGAGGAGCGGGAGGAGGCCAGGAGGGCGGCGGAAGACAAGCUCAGCCGCUCCCUCGAGAACUACGAACAGAUUGUUGAGCGUCGAGGGCAGGAGCUGAAAGAGAAGGCCAAGCGUGAGGAAAAGCAGAUCCAGAAAGCACGCAAGGCGGCUGAGAAGCGUGAGAAGCAGCAGCAGCAGCUCCUGGAGGCUCGUGUGAAGGAGGCGGAGAAACGAGCCCAACAGGCUGCGUUGGUGGCCGAGGAGAGGGCGAGGGAGAAAGCUCAGCGGGCCGUCCAGAGCCGGCAGGAGAAGGAACGACUCCAGAGGCUCAACAGGCAGCGAGUGGAGGAGGAGGAGAAGCAGAGGCGCCUGGAGCUGCUGCAGUCCAUCGAGAGGAAGCUGGAGAAGAGCGAGCAGAUCUUCAAGGAGAAGAAGGCGGUGCUGGAGAGCGCUCGCUCUGUGGCCCGAGCUUCUUUUCACGUGCGGGACAGGGUGCGGGAGGAGACCAACAUGCGUACUUUUGAUAAAAUGGCGCUGGAGGCUCAGCUCAAAGCCAGCCUGGAUGACAAAAUAAACCCAUAGCUUUGUCGUGGCCUCCUAACUUCUUGGACACGUGCUCAGCUCUUGCCUUCAUCGUGGCCCUCAUCACACAACAGCUUUACCCAUUUUCCCUCCUUAAUUAUUUUCUCCUUGCUUAUCUUCACCCAUCAGCUGGUUUUGAUCACACUUUUUGACCAUCAGUUUUUCCUUGACGAUCCUAAGAAGCCAAAUCAUUUUGUAUCAUGGAUGUAACGAGACAACAAACUAUAUCAGCUGUCGUGAGUUAAAAACAGUAACGCCUGUAUGGGACAAACACUACAGUAGACUUCAUAGUAGAUGAGAGCGUAGAGAGAGCUGCCUUUUGCAGCAACACAACCCCCCUUCCUCUCUCUCCUUCUCUUUGCCCUCUGCUCCGUCUAACUCAGCUGCUGGACUGAAAGCUGUGCGGGAAUGAAAAGAGUCAUUGUUUACCAGGAAGCACAACUCCAUGACAACUGCAGAGGCUUUUAAGGGAGCACUCCUGUAAGGGAAAAUGGAGAGGGAAAUGGUUUUAGAGCCCCCAAAGCAAACGAGGGAUCCUUUUGUACACGUCUGCAUAUAGCAUGGAAGUAAGGCCCCGGGGAUGGACACUUGUCCGAACCUAACCGCUGACAGUGCAGCUCAGGAGGGCCGUGUGCACGGGCCAUGUGCUGAUGAAGCAUCGGAGGAUGCCGAUUCCUGCAGCGGGGUCUGUUCUUCCGCCCUCACAUUCGCUCCAAGGACUCCCUCUGUCUCUCCUCAUCAUGUCAGGUUAAAGUAAACAGCGAAGCGCUCUAAGAGACAACCACCCUUCAACUCCCCCCUCCUGCAGUCGAGCUGCUCCCAGGACAGCCGCCUGGUGACCGAGUCAAGGUCAACAGGCAACACAACCUACGAUCCCUGGACAGAACUCUAUCCGACACAACAACUCUCUCCUCUGAUGGAAACAUGACCACACCAGGAGUUUUUAUUCAUUUUUAAACUAGUAGCGGUGCCAUCGAUUGUGCUGCUGUGAACAGACGUGAACCGACAGCCUUUUACCUGCAGAUAUGAAACGACAUGUACAAGGUUCAAACACAGCUUUAUUAGCAUCAAGGCAUGUUGUUCAAUCCGUAACAUGUUCCCCUCGUACCUUAACCCUGACGCGUGGGCUUCUUUUCUGUAUCCGUUAUCAUUUGUACAUUAUCAUGAGAAGCUUGUGAGUGAAUGACAUUGAGUUGCUUACAUUGAGGACAGAUUUUCACAUGUAGCAAUAAUGAAAUGGUCGAUACCAGUCGCAUCUGUGAGUUUUCAUCCUUUUUUUCAUUGUUUUUCUGUUAAAGUAAAGGACAAAAUCUGUGCAAACAGUCAAAACCAGAAUAAUAAAAACAAACAUUUUACAAGA